AUUACACUCACACACGCAGCCGGAUGAGUUCGAGAUGGAUUAUUACCUUGGAUUACAUCUACAGUGGAGCUGCUGAACUAACUGGAGAAUGCGAGACCGACUGUGUAAAUACAGGCAGGCUUAAGAUCGAGGGAUUUGGACGCACGGAUUUAUCUCCAAAGCGUUUCAUUCGCGCGUGUGUUUGUGUAUGUGUUUGGCACACGAAUCCGGACCCCCGAAGCGAUCAGACAUCAUCAUCAUGGCAACAUGCGCCGUGAUUUACCCCACCAGCAGCCUGAUGCUGCUCCUGCUGCUCUUCAGACCUCUGCAUGGUGAAUCAUACACCCCUUACACAGACCGGCCGGGCUUUGCAGACUCUAUUGACUUGCCUGUGAAUUCUACCGCUAAAAAGACAGGCUGGGAAGGGGUGAGUUUCCCGGAAAGCUCGCAGCCCGACUGGAGGACUCUCAGCCCCGGGACGGAUUCACUGUCCACCCCGGGCUCGAGAUCUGAUGAUCGCCGACUGUCACCUUCGGUGCCCAGUGCUGGGCCUGGGGAGAGGAACCAGACAAGCCACAGCAUAACGUCGGAAAGCUGGAUACAUGAUUCUCAACAUGACAGCACAUAUAUCUCCAGUACUGGAGAAGUGAAACUGCAUCUAUUAACUAAUAGCAUAGUUAUGGAAAAAAAUGACUUGUUCCCUUCUUCUGUAUUAGUUACUGACAGUUCCCAAAAUCCUUCAGCAACCAGGACUUUCCCACCAGAAUCUGAAGAAAGUAUUAUAAUUGAUUCUGAACCAACAGAUUAUUCAUACUCUACAAUAUCUUCAAGAGAAAUUGUACCUACAGAUCUAUUUGUUUCUAAAAGUCAUUUAUUAAAAUCACCUUUCGAUAAUGAGACUUCAAAAAAAAGUGAAGAACUUGAAAACUGGCAUCAUGACACAACCUCUGAAGGGGCUGAUAAUCUUGAAAGAUUGUUAAGUACUUCACCUGGUGUUUCUGAAGACCCUUUAUAUACAGUCCCAUAUGUUUUAAAGAUACCUUUAAAUACUUUGACAAUUGGAUCUAAAAGAUAUUCAACUACAGAUUUGAACAAUUCAAAAAGAUCUGUAAGUACAUCAAUAAAUGAUUCAGAACUAAUUAGUAUUUCACAAAAUAUUUCUGAGAAGUCUUUAAAUAGCACACAGAACUACACUAAUUGGUCUUCAGGUACUUCACCGAAUGAUUCUGAAAGAAGUACGUUGACAAAUCUUUUUAAAAUCUUUCCAAACUCUACACCAAGUAAUACUGACAGAACUUUAAGGACAUUGUCAAAUUAUUCUGAAAGAUCAAAUACUUUGAUAAAUAAUAUUAAAAGAACUGUAAGUAGUUUGCCAAGUGAUGUGAAAACAUCUAUGGUUAGUGUUCAAAAUGAUUCUGAAUCAUCAAGUACGUUGAUUAAUACUUUUGCGAGCUCCUCAAACUCUUCACCAAAUGACAUCGAAACAGCAAGUAUUUCACUGAAUGACUGGAAAAGAUCUUUAAGUACUUCACCAAAUCAUUCUAAAAUAUCUACAAUUCAGGCUCAAAAUGCUUCUGAAAGUUCAGCAAUGUUGACAAAUAUUUUUGAGAGCCCUUCAAAUUCUUCAAGUGAUAUUGAAAUAUCAAGUACCUUGAUAAAUGAUUUUAAAAGGUCUGUAAGUACUUUGUCAAAUGGUUCUAAAAUAUCUGCAGUUUUUGCACAAAAUGAUUCUAAAUGGUCAAGUACGUUAAUUAACGCUUUUGAGAGGUCAUCAAGCUCUUCACCAAUUGACACCAAAAGAGCAAGUACUACACUGAAUGAUUUGAAAAGAUCUUUAAGUACUUCACUGAAUGAUUCUAAAAUAUCUACAAUUCAUGCUCAAAAUGCUUCUGCAAGUUCAACAACAUUGACAAAUACUUUUCAAAGCCCUUUGAACUCUUCACCAAGUGAUACUGAAAUGUCAAGUACUUCGAUAAAUGGUUUUAAAAGGUCUGUAAGUACUUUGCCAAAUGAUUCUAAAAUAUCUACAGUUAGUGAGCAAAAUGAUUCUGAAUGGUCAAGUACACUGAUUAAUAUUUUUGAGAGCUCCUCAAACUCUUCAUCAAAUGAUUCUGCAAGAUCAAGCAUUUCAAUGAAUGAUUUUAAAAGAUCUUUAAGUACUUUACCAAAUGAUUCAAAAAUAUCAAUAAGUAGUUCUCAAAAUGAUUCUGAAAGUUCUAGUACUUUGACAAAUGUUUUUGAGAGUUCUUCAAACUCUUCAUUGAGUGAUACUGCAAGAUCUUUAAGCACUUCGCCAAAUUAUUUUAAAAGAUCUUUAAGUACUUCAUUGAAUGAUUCUGAAAGAUGGAGUUCUUCACCAAAUGUUUCUGAAAGUACCCUAGUUAGUGGUCAAAAUGAUACUGAAAGCUCCACAAAUACUUCACUAGAUGAUUCUAAAAGUUUUUUAGGUUCUACAUCAAAUAAUUAUGAAAAUCCUUUAAGUUCUUCAUUGAGCAGCUAUGAAAUUCUCAAUACUACAACAAAUAGUUCUGAAGAGACAACUCCUUCACAUUCAACAUUAAUGUCAAUGGAUUUUAAUAAUGUUACCCAUGAGUCAGAUGCAGUAAAAUCACCAGAUGUACCAUCCUCAGAAUCGGUUGAUAAUCAGACAAACGAGUCAAGAUCAACAAGUCAUUCCAUUCUUAUUUCAGAUGUUGAAACCAUAACUGCCCUUACAGGAACAAGUCAUUCACUUCCCAGAAUUACAGAUGAUGUCUUAACUACUACUGAACUGUCUGAAAUAUACAAUAUUACUAACUUACUUGGAACAGCUUUGUCUUCAGUGCAAUCAGAUUCUGAAGAUAUAGUGAAUGAUUUUACAGAGUUAAGUUCUAACUUUACUGCAACUAAUUCUUCUAAACUAGGUUUAGUUCAAACAGGAACUAAUGGUUUUCUUAAAACUCAAUUUGCAAAAACAACAACAAGCGCUACUCUAAGGAGUGUACUUCCUGAAAGAACAACAGACUCACCCAGAACUUUACUGCCUCUGACAACAAAUGAUUAUCUGUCAUUUUCUACCAUGGAAGAACCUAUUAGAGGAGCAGGAAGAACAUCCUCGGCACCAGUUAUACUUACAUCUAGGCCUCAUACUGAACGAUAUACUACAAUUUCACAUGUUCCCACUGACACACCAAAGCCUGAACUAACUAGCACAACAGAAGGUACAUUUACCACUAUAUGGGCCAGUCCAACUGUUUUUAUGAGUACCUCAACAGAGGAUAAAGGAUCAGAGAGGACCAAGUCUACGACUGCUAUUAUGAAGACCUCUGAAUCAGUGAGUACUAGAACUUCAGUUAGCUUGAAGUUUUUGACUAGCACAAGGUCUUCAACUAGUACAAGGACUUCAGCUAUCGCAAAGACGUCAAUUAGUGCAACCAUGCUAACAAGCACAAAGGUUUCGGAAAGUACCACAAUUACUCCUAUAAGGACGUUGGCAAGCACAAAGCCUCAUUCCACUAAAGAGAGCAUUACUUCUGAGCCAACUGUGUCAACUGUGAUUCAGGUUAUCAAUACAAGUAUACCUGAAACCUCCACAGUAUCUGCAGAGAAUCUUUGCAUCUCAAAUCCUUGUCUUAAUGGAGGCACUUGUAUCAGUCAUUGUAACAAAUGUAAAAAGUGUGUAUGCCCAUCCAACUGGCAAGGAGUGAACUGCAGCAAAGAUGUGGAUGAAUGUCGUUCAAAUCCAUGUCCAUCUCGGGCACAAUGUAUUAAUAAUUUGGGCUCCUUCACUUGCAAAUGUUACCCCGGUUACUACCUUGAGAAGGGAACAAGAUGCACUUUGGCAAGGACCUUUGCAGGUGUUUUCUACAGUGGCAAUAAAUCCCAUGUGUCAAGAAUACAGGAUCUAGAAAGUGAAAUUUUAAAAAUGGUUAAUGCAUCUCUCUUUUCUUUAAAUGGAUACUACACAUCUGUUAUUGCAGAUUUAAGUGAGACUGAAGACAGUGUGUCUGUCUUGAACAUGUUUGUACUCCCAGCCAAUGUGACAGGACCUGAGGUACUGAGUAGUGUGCAAAAUUACAUUGAGCGUUGCAGAUCUAAGACUGGAAGCUGCCAGUUUGUUAUGAAUUAUCAGCUAUCAUAUAAAGCUGAAAAAUUAUGUAGCUUGAAAGUGCCUGAAUGUGACAAUGCAACUGCAGAAUGCUUUGAUCAUGAUGGGAUUGCAGACUGCCAGUGUAAAGAUGGUUACUUCAAAUAUACCACCAUGGAUCCUUCAUGUCGAGCAUGCGAUGAUGGCUACAAAUUAGAGAAUGGAACUUGUGCUCCUUGUAUGUUCGGAUUUGGAGGAUUCAACUGCAAAAAUCCUUACAAGCUCAUCACUGUGGUGAUUGCUGCAGCUGGAGGAGGCUUGCUCCUUAUCUUGGGAAUUGCAUUAACUAUCACAUGUUGCAGGAGAGACAAGAAUGAUAUCAGCAAAUUAAUCUUCAAGAGUGCCGAUUUUCAGCGAUCACCAUAUGCUGAGUUCCCCAAAAAUCCCCGGAUAUCUGUGGAGUGGGGUCGGGAAACAAUAGAGAUGCAGGAGAAUGGAAGCACAAAAAACCUUUUGCAGAUGACUGAUGUGUACUAUUCAUCUGGUUUAAGAGGUUCAGAAGUGGAGCGGAAUGGUUUGCAUCCUUACAGUGGUCUACCAGGAUCACGUUACUCUUGCAUCUACACUGGACAAUACAAUCCAUCUUUCAGCAGUGAAGAAUCAAGGAGAAGAGACUAUUUUUAGCCAAGUUAAAACAGAGAUUUAUUUUUGUGUCAGAAAGAAUAUGGGACCAAUGAAGCAAAAGUAAAAUGAGGAAUUACUGCAAAACAAUUGCAUUCUGAGCAUUUAUGGUGAAGGAAAUGUUGAGUGCAGCGUACUGUUCACAGCAGCUACUGUAGAUCACACUGAUGGACAAGUGAUGGACCUGAUCAGCUGUACUGAAUAGUUUUAUUUGCAUCAGCAUACAAAGACUUUGCUUACAAAUGGACACUUGUACAUUGAGUAAUUGUGUGUUUUUGUGGUUUGUUUUUCUAGUUUGUCAAUAACUUAUAAAUAAUUACAGUAUUUUCAGACUGGCAAAUUGAUAAUAUCGCACAGAUAAAAGAAACACUAACUGAUGAAUUUGUAGAAGACUGGAAACUGUUAACAUUUCUGGCCUGGUGCUGUCAUAUUGCUCAGGUGAAUUGGAGCAUUGCUAAUUAUCAGGACUCAGGCCUUAUUCAUGCUGGAAACAUUAAUAUCUGAUGUGAAACCUUUUUGGAUCCCUCUGCGUAUCUGUGGUGUUUGUUCGCAUGGCAUUCCUUUUCUCUCCAUUGAUUCCUUUGCUAGUUCUUCCAGCCUGUAAAACGAGCUAAAGAGACCAUUUCUGAUACUGUGGGAAGUGCGAAUAGAAUUUUUUUAAUGGUUUAAACAUUCCACCCAGAGCACAACAUGCUGUGUUCUGUUUAUUAUUCUCAGUAGGUUUUCUAUACUGCAAUUAAAUCCAGAAGUUUCCAGUUUCUUUCAUACCCUCUCCUUGCAAACCAAUGAAAAUGUUGCUUCAUUUCCGUUGAGAAUCUAUGUUGUUACCUCUACAAGUAUGAUUUACAGCUGUACCACAAUAGAUGGUCCAGAUUAAUCCAUAUGUAUGAAAUGAUUAUAUAUUACUUGUGGCUUUUUCCAGUAUUGACCAUAUAUAUUUAUUUUGUUUUACACACCCCAGCAACUCUGCUACUCAAAUGUUGAGAAGGAAAGAUCUUUUUAGGAAGUGAUAACAGGUUUUGUGACUAGCACUUUUGACUUUUUUAAUCAAUGAUUUUUUUUAUGACUACGCUCCAUAAAACAAAGAAGUUGUGGCUUAGAAUGGGAUGACUUGGGCCUAUGUCUUCUUGCCUUCUUCCAGCUCAAGAUGUUUGCACCACUUAAUGGGCAGUAUUCGCUUUGACAAAUGCUUAAGCUCCUCACAUUCUAUAUUCAGCACAGUCUUUUUUGGAGUCAGUCUUUUUUUGUUUAAAAAUUAGGCUUCACCUGUACACCCUAACCAAUCUGCUUUCUGCCUUAACAUAUUUUUCUUAUUUCUCUUUGUGUACUAAGUAAUCUUUUGUGAAUGGUGCCUGUGAAAUUGCUUAUAAUAAGAUUUUCUCAAUCUUUGGAAUGUUGACCAUCUUUCUGGUUGUCACUUUGAUUGAUCUCAAUUGAUUUUACUGGACACAUUCACUCAUAAAUCUCUUGUUUUCUUCUUUCUUAAGAAAGGGACCUAGCUGUCUUCUGAACCUUUUAAAGGUAUUUCCCUGGGCAUUUACAAUUAUUCAUAAAUACUCAAUACCUCUGGGAAAACAAGUUCGGCAUGACAUUCUUGCUUAAUGAAAGCUUUCCUUUGGAAAGUAAAUUCUCACCAUGUAUAAUCUUUUACAUUUCAAUUUAGUAACUUUCCAUAGAGAAUCAGGCAACUUUAUUAAUCUUUCCUGAUAUUGUGCUGAUGCUUGUAAUUAAUGUGACAACUUAACUUUGUCUUUAAGAUCAAUCAUAGCUAUAAUCAAGUAGGUUACCAAUCUACAUUGAAGUGAAGGCUACAGAUGCCUUUUUUUAAACAAAAAAAAUUAUCUCUUUCAUUUUUUUAAUUUUGUUCCUCUGCUAUUGUAGCAGUGAAUGUAAAACACCCAUUUAAAACGUUGAAAUUGAGAUUCAAUUAGUUAAUUAUUAACUGUGAGCGUAAUCAACAGAAUGACUUGAGUGGACUUACUGCAGAUAAACAUCCUGUAAAGUGUAUUGACCUUGUUAUAUAAAAAAUAUAAAUCCUUUUGAUACCAGCUAAAUUGGUGACACUGAUCUCUUUUAAGUCAAGUCCCUGUCCUUUUUUAAAACUUCUUAGUUUUAAAGGCGUUUCCAUUAAAAUCCCUACAUUUAAUUAUUUCAUUAUUUGAUCCAUCUAUGUAUAUUUUGCUUUACUGUAUUUUAUCUUAUUAGCAUGAAACUCAUCAAAUCCUAGCUUGUAUCAUCUGUAUUUUGUGUUCAUAAUACUUUCGGAAAACACCAGUAGCUUAGAUAAUUGUAAAUUCCUUUCGGCGAACCUAUAGUGGAUAACUUUUAGUAUUUAGGUUUUACCAAAGAAUUGCUUUCCCCAAUGUCAUUUUACGGAUUUACUUACUAACAAUAAUUAACUUACUAAAAGAGAGCUUCUCUCAUGCUAAUUUCCUCUGUUGAUUUCUUUACAUCUGCAGUUUCUUCACAAUGAGCUGGAAGUGAUCAUCAGUAGUGGCAUAGCUCAUACACAAUUCAGUUAGAUAUGCAUAAUUCUUAUGGGAUGUGACCAAAAGAGCUAAGAGUGAUAGAAAAUAUGUUAUCUUUAUCCUGGGAGCUUUUGCUGUAACAUUGAAAAUUUGCUUCCAGUAACUUUUGUUGCUACAGAUCAGGUGCUGAGUGCUACAUCAUGGUGAGAUUGUAGUAGAUAAGCCAAAAAUGGCAGAAUGAAGGUGAGAAUUGACGUCAAUGCCUUCCUUCUCUCUCAGACGUGCCAAUAUAUUAAAAAUGUUCAUUCCAUUAGGUAGUCAAAACCAUUACAUAAAAUAACAAUUAUGCAUAAUGUUACAUUUGCAUCAAAAAGUUAGUAUUGCAGAGCAGAUUUGAUGGCAUGUCCAGCUCAAUUCUUAGAGCAUUCAAUUUUUAUUGUUUUAAAAUGAGUUGUUAGAAUUGGAAAGACGAUAAUUUUUGUAGCUUUGAUAUGAAAGUGUUGCGUGCUUUGAAACAAAUUGGAAGUUCUCCCAGUAUAAAAUAAUAUGAAUAAUAGAAAGUAUGUUUUGACUUGGAUGCAGAUGUAAAAGUUUAGAGAGUGAUUUUAGCAGUUAAUUUUGCAGUACUAAAAUGAAGAUGCCUCAGUAAUUGAAGAUAUUUUUGUCAUUUUGGAAGCUUAGGGUAGCUUUAUUCUUUCAUAAGGGUUCAGCAUCUGAGCCACAAAACAGUCAAAACUGAUUAAGCUUCACAUCUUGGCUGCCUCCAAACUUCUUAAAGGUUAAAUUUCUUUUGGUACUUAUUUAUAGUGCCAAAUCUUGCAUUGGAUGACCAGGAGCUAUUCUAAGGUGGCUGCACCAAAGAUAAAACUUCUCACAUGUAGGAACACCUUGUGAAAGUAUGUGCUCAGUGGAGGCCCAGCUGAUGUUACAGGAAAAUCUAACAUUCCACUUGCCUGCCCUAAGUUAUUGCAAAAUCUGUUUUAAUUCUUUUUUUCCAAUGAUUAUGUGUUAGUUUCUGAUAGCCAGCAUGAAAACAAAUGUGGAGAGAAAACAGAGUUAAUGUGUCAAGUCCCUUGGAGUGACCAUUGGAACCACUGGAUUCAACAUAUUAACCUUAUUUUCCCUCCAUUGAUGCUGCCAGACCUGCUGAAUCCCUCCAACAAUUUCUGGUUUUGUAUGCUUCAGAUCUCCAGCAUCCGCAGUUCUUUAUGAGAACAAACCAGCCAGCUUUGUGUUUUAAGACUUUUGCAACUACCCGCGCAGUUAGUGGUUUGAUUCAACACUGGAAACGUCAUGUGAACCCAACAAGUUUUUAUUGUUGUUUCUGUCUAAGUUAUUGUUGCUUUUUUUUUCUGUGUUCCUGAUUGACAGCAGAUAUCUAUGUAUUUAAUACUUGGUUUGAAGUGAACUAAAUUUACAGCUUAAAGUAUUUAGAAAAUGAAUAUUUGUUUUUCCAAAAGACUUUCAGAAACUGGCGUUCUAGUCAGUUUCACAUUGCAGAAAAAUAAAAUACUUGUCCAGAUAAUUGUUCUCUUUUCUACAGCCACUGCAAAUAACCAUAAAAAUUGUUUCAACUGUUAGUAAAAUUGCAUUAUGAAUUGGCAUGUGAAAAAAAGUUUCAAAAUUAGAAUCAUCAUUUUUAUUUCCCAGUUACAAAGUGGGGAAAGUCACAAUCUGCCUGGUGGUCACUACUCCUUGCAAAGGGUGCCCAUUUCAAUUUCCAGUUUUCUGUAGAAAUUGGGCAAUGGGAGAUUGGAUAUCCAUUUUACAUUGUCCUUGAUCUCCCUUCCCAUUGAUCAGCAUAAAGUCGCUGUCUAACUCCUUAUCAGUGAAAAUGAUUAAAAUAAGCCCUUUGGGGUGUGCUGCACUAUAUGAUUCAGCUACAACAUCUUCAGGGGCUGCACAAUUUGCUUUAACAUCCUAGGGCUGUGAAGACUGAAAAUGACGACUGUAAAAAGUGUGUGUUUGAAUGACUGUGUAAAGUUUGGAUAGGGCUGUCACCUGAUGGUGCCAAAAUUGAACAGUUAUUCAAUCAGAAUCAUUCACAUGAGUGCAGUUGCCCUGCAUGAAUCAACAGAAAUGAAGACGUGGACAGAGACACUUUGUAAAAAUAAUUUUUGCCAGCUACCAUCUCAGUGUGCUCACUGCUGAGAGACUGAGUGGCUUUAGUAUGUUUAUGUAAAAGGCAUCUGGAUGGAUAUAUGAUUAUGAAGGAUUUAGAGGAAUAUGGGCCAAGUGCUGGCAAAUGGGA